UUUCGAGUUAGCACUUCGCUCAGGGUACGUGUCUCGCAAAUGCGUUGUUGAAUUUCUACCAAGUUACAGUUGUUGUUUUACCCAAUAAUCAGCAAAUAUGGCAUCCAUUAGAGCGUGGGGUUAAGGUUAAAUCGUUGUUCCGUUAUUUGCUUCACUGCGAAACGCAAUGUUUCGCUUAAAAGAGCCGCCCGGCACUGCGGAACAACAGGCACGCGCUUGUCUGUGCUGCCAGCUGAAGUAAAUUUGCUGAUGAUUCGCGAGUUUGAUUUACUUUAAGCCGCUCUAAACAGCCAAGAUGCAGCUGCACGUACGCGGAUUGAACACGCACGUCCUGGACGUUCAGCCGGGAGACAGCAUUGCCCAUGUGAAGUCUAUGCUGGCCGGACUGGAGUCCGUCGACGCACAGGAACUUAAUCUGUACUGCGAAGGCACACCGCUCGCCGAGGACGCGACCGUAUCCCAGCUGACCUCGGUUGAGCUCGAUCUGACCGUAAGUCUGCUCGGUGGUAAGGUGCACGGUUCGCUCGCCCGUGCCGGUAAGGUGAAGGGACAAACGCCCAAGGUCGAGAAGAAGGAAAAGAAGAAGAAGAAGACCGGCCGUGCCAAGCGACGCAUCCAGUACAACAGACGCUUCUCGAGCGUGGUCCAGACGUACGGACGUCGCCGCGGUCCGAACGCUAACUCGGCCUAAGAGGUGUAGUAACAAGUGUUGCGGAAGACCGUUGAAGCAAGAGGAGAAGGUUGGGCGGGUGAUUGAAAAAUGGAGGGACAACAACACAGCAAUCACUGUUUCUUGAUUGUUUGGCUUUUAUUAAAAGCCUGAGACAAUUUUGAGCAAGGAUUGAUGAAAGGUCAAUAAAAAAAAGCAUUAAAACGCGAAAACACACCUGC